UACACCGCUUCUCUCCCGCAACUGCGUCCUGCAUUGAGCAAGCCGUGCAUGUUUGCCUUCUGUUGCUCUGCAUCGAGCCCACCACAUGUUACGCCCGACGCGGCUGAGACGUCCUUCAACUCAUUGCCUUACCACUUCACUCCUUACCGGUUGCCUUCUUCAAGCCCGACAUCAACACCAUAGGUUCAGAUCAUUUGUCCCACCCGCAACAAAGCCAUGUCGCGCCUCGUCCUCGGGCUCCCCCGUACGCCCACGUCAGCCCCCAUUGAGAUCUGGGUUACCACAGUUAUUGAGCAAACAGUCGAGAUUACGAACGUCUGGAAAGGAAUAUAUCGUCGAGCUGAUGGGACUAAAACUACCACCACCCGGGCUGAGUAUAGAGUUACCACUGUCUGGGCUUAGCCUGGUAGUUUCUGUUUGCCUUACUGUUCACCUUCCUAUUGGGCGCUGGAUGGGCUUGGUUGCGCAUGCGGGCUUUGCUUACGAUGGCGAAAGUCUAUAAACACUUAGUUCUCCUAUGAC